GUGCUCGCGGCGGCGCCGCGCGACUUCAAGCGCGUCUGCGACCACCUCGUGAACUGCGGCGCCGCGGCCGUCCGCGCGCGCUUCGCGGACCCCGCGCGCGCGCUCCACGCGUUCAACGCGGGCGUCGUCGUCUUCGACCUCGACCGCUGGCGGCGCCGGCGGCUCGCGGCCGACGUCGAGCGCUGGGUCGCGACCAACGCGGCGGCGGACCCGCCCAUCUACCGCCUCGGCAGCAACCCGCCGCUCGUCCUCGCCGUCGGCGAGGACUGGGCGCGGCUCGACCCCCGGUGGAACUGCAUGCGCGGCAUCCACCGCCAGCACCCGCACAACACGGCGUGCUGGCGCGACGCCUUCGUCCGCCACUACCCCGGCGGCGCCAAGCCCUGGGCCAUGGCGCCGGCGGACGCCGCGGCCCUCGGCUGGCGCUUCCCGCGGCGCGCGGCCUGCGCCGCGGACCUCGAGCGGCGCGCGGAGCGCGGCGAGGCGCUCGUGGCCCUCGCCGCGGCGCGGGCGGCCCCGGCCCGCGCCGGCGACGCCUCCGACGCCGCGCUCGACGCGGCGCGGGGCGACCGGCUCGAGGCGCUCGGGCGGCUCGCGGAGGCGGCCGCCGCGCGCGGCGGCGGCGGCGGCGCCGCGCGCGCGGCCGCGGCGCUCGCCGCGCGCGCGGCGGCGCCGCGCGCGCCGGAGCGGCGCGCCGCGCCGAGCUUCCCGGCGACGGCCCGCGGCCUCGCCCGGGCCGCCGCGUUCCUCGACGAGCACGGCUACGCCGUCGUCCGGUCAGCGGCGGCGCCCGCGGAGUGCGAGGCCAUCCUCGGCAUGCUCUGGGACUGGCUCGAGGGCCUGGGCACGGGCCUCGACCGCGGCGACGCGGCGACCUGGGUCGACGGCCGCUGGCCCCUCGCCGCGGGCGCGUCGGGCGCGAUUCCCGCGCGGGAAC